AUGAGGUGUGUGCCUCCGCCUUGAAGAAUCUGCAGAGCUCACAGCAUUUUGGGGGAACUGAACAGCAACAGUUUCUUCCAAAAAAACGAAAGUUGCUCUAAUGGCUGCAAUUAUUACAUCUCAUGGCAACGAGAGCGUGUGGUGGAAAGUCUGAAAAUACCUUCAAAACAAAAAACAAUCUUCUAAAUUUGGAGUACCAAUGCAGGACAGAAAGAAAAGAGAAAAAAGAGUUUAAGUACUCAUGAGUAAUACAACGUCUUCAUGAAGUCUGUUGUUAAUAAUCAUUCUCUUUGACCUGGCAGGACUCUUUGAGGAGAGAGACUGCAUCUGUAUCUGCACACUGAGGCUGCAGCAUGCGUCCCGAGUCGAUCCCCGAGCUUUCGGCUGUCUUCGUGCACUGCCCCUCAGAGGGAUUGGCGGUCACCUGGUUUGUCAUGGACAUUGUCAUCCUGGUCACAGGGCUGGCGGCUAACGCUGCUCUGCUUUGGCUAUUUCUGCGGGAAAGGAAAACACUGUCGGCCUCACAGGUUUUAGGUUUGAAUCUGGUUGUGAUGGAUCUUGUCUACCUCUGCAUAAUGCCUGUCAGCUUGAUCUACGAGUCCACUGAACUGGGUCAAGUCAAUCUUUCAGACUCUUCCGCCAUUGCCGGGCAGGAUUCCAACACUCCACAUCAAUUGGAAAAGGCAAGAGACGUUUUCAGUAUGUUCAACGUGAUUGGCUGUCCCAUGCUUCUGGCCUGUAUGUGCAUCGAGCGCUACCUGGCUGUGGCUGGACCUGUGCUGUACUUGAAAUUGAGGAAGUGGGAGUACCGAAUGGCUGUUUCCACUGUGGUGUGGUGUGUUACCUUGACCUUCUGUCUGGCUACAGGUUUGGUGACCAAUAUCACGUUCAUCAUGAUUCCUGUCUCAAUCAUUGACUCCUGCCUCUUCUUCCUCAUGCUCGCCUGCCUUGGGGGUGUGGUCUGGUCACUGUGGCAGCCAAGUCCUGCCCACACCGCCAUUGGCAAGACAGAUGUGCUGACUCUGUGGAACAGAAACGAAAUUUGA